GAAAUGGAGCAGUCUAAGCUAGGCCAAGGCACACCCUGAGAGAAUUUCCAAAAUAAGAAUGGCUCAAAGUGAGGAAAACAAAUCGAUAUGCGGAAAGAUGAAAAUAAGCUUUCUAAAAUACCUAUUGAUUGUCAUAAAUUUACUGAUUCAGCAUCUAGACUCCCAUUAAGCUCAAAUACCUGUGAUAAAACUCGUUCUGUAAGCGUCACUCCUUGCCCAGAUACCACAAUAGGGAGAUAUUUUAAUACAAAAAUAUGACAAACUAUGAGAAAACUGAAGGUAUCCAGUGAUGUCGCCCUCAGUAUUGCUACUGUUCUAGGAAAGGCAACCAGUAAAGUGACCAACAAGUAAGAAAUUCGAAGGAAAAUGUAGCUAUAUUGUUGGUAAAUACCAAAACCAGACCUUUAAGCCAGUAUUUCUCGACUCUCAGACAGCAACUGUGCCUGUAUUACCUAUGAAUUUAAAUAAACCUGUUCCUGAUCCUAAGAUAUUCUUACACAGGAUACACAAGGAUAAGUAAGAAGAGACAGCAGAGGGAGAUGAAAGAGCAAUUGAAGAAGAAGAUAAAGGAAUUUGAGUAUCAGGAGAAGUUGAAGCAGGAGAAUGACAGUUUGGAGAGGAGUAAAAUCGAGCUAGUUGAGCAAAGAAGAUUGAAAAUAGGUAGGGAAAGAGAAUAGAUUGAUUCGAAGUUUGCUUAGAUAUAAAUAUCUGUCUUUAGAU